CCAGAAAGCAUCACAACCACUUCCGGCCUUUCCACAAGCAACAGUUCGACCAAGAGCAACAAUAUGUCAGCCAAAAUCGCCCUGAUCUUUGCCCUGGCGGCUUUCUGCUGCCUGGUGGUCUCCACCGAAUCGGCAGCCCAGCGGAGCCGAGUAAUCAGCUCUCGUCGAGGUACCGAAUUGGUCGAGAAGAACACCGAGGAUCAAUCCAAGGAAGCUGCCGAGUUGGAAGCCCAGUUGAAAGAGAUUGAACGCCAGGAGAACUCUGAAAGGAACCCACUGGAGGGACGCAGUGACGAAGGUGCCGUAGCCGUUGAGAAACAAGAGGAGAAGGACACCACCACCAACGAUAAGGACACCAUUGUUAAGCCCAACAAGGAUGACGCCCGUGCUCGCCGCAUCAUUCGUGCUGGUCGUCGUCGUGGUGGACGCCGAGGUGCUCGCCGCUCCAGCCGCAGGUCCGCUCGCCGUGGACGCCGUGGAGGACGCCGUGGUGGACGCAGGCGCGGUGGACGUCGCGGUCGUGCCGGUGCUCGUCGCCGCACCUCCAUCAAGAGGCGUUCCGGCAAGGGCAACAAGGCCUAAGAAAUCCCUGCUUCCAACUAAGACUUAAAGCAUGAUCCUCUGAUACGAUACAAACAAAUAAAAAUUAUUUUUAGCUUAAUGAAA